AUGGGUAUCGGGUACGCUAUGAUGUGGUUUACAUCAUUAGUAGGAUUGAAAAAAGUUUUCGCCGAAAGGACGAGAUUGGAAAGGAAAACAACGGAUGGAGCACACAACGGCAUACCCACGGGCGACGACAAUGACAUGGCCUACUUAGUGAAGACACUACAAUUACUUGACGGCGGCGUGAAUCUGAAGUGCUAUGAGAAGUGGCCCAGCCUACUUUUGAUUGGAUUGCUGCCCCACUCCAACGAGUACAGUGAUUUUCUGCUCCCUGAUUCGCUCAUUUGCCAACUUUCCUCCAACUUCUCAACUUCGACCUCGGCCUCACGUCUUCUUCAAGGACAUCUCUCCCCUAUCAGAGAGAGAAUUUGUGAUAACCCAAACUUUGAGGACCAUUCUUUUACUGGAACCUUUGCGUCAUUUUGCCUGACGCCAGGCUCCCAAUCUGAGUAUCUUACGAACACCUACCUCACUGAGCAUAAGACGGCCUACACGAGUGCUCGGGUGUACCCUAGCCUUUACCCCAGACAAACCGACCAACAACAGCAAGAUCCAAAAAGUUCAGGAAGACAAGUAGCUCUCAAAGGAGUUCAAGACGAGGGAGAGAACAAGAAAGACGCCGCUUUACAUCGAUUCAAGGAGCAUAUCAACCUGGGCCGUUAUUCCUCCGUUCUCCAUUCUGUUGCAGACGCGGAAGCCUUUCUCUGCUACUCUGCCCUACAAGAAGGUUUCGAAUUACGAACCUGGUGA